AAGGUCACUGGAGGUCAGCGGGGGACGACUACACAGACAUGACAUUAAACCUCAGCAGAGGUGACAGGAUGCAAACGAGCCCCACAGCCAUGCUGCAGCAUCUGUGCGUGAUUGAGGGACAUUAUGGCCACGCGCCCUCUGCCGCCUCCUCUUCCAUUUCUCCUCCUCUCCCUCCCUCGAGCCCAAGUAGGAUGCUAACACAACAGCUGGAGCCCAAGGUGGUUCGAGCCGAUCCCCAAGGCAGGAGGAGACACAGCUCAGAGACAUUCUCCUCCACUUCCUCCUCAAAUUCAACUCCCUCUGGAGGAGGCCCAUCAUCCUCAACACCCCUUCCCACACUGUCUAACCCCACAGCCACCAACGGAUCUUAUCUAACAGAGGGUCAUGCUUCCAGAUGGGCCAGCUCAGCAUCUUUUGACAGUGUGUGGAUGUCUGUGGAGGGUGUAGAUGAUUCACCGGCUCACCAUGCCCCAGCAAGAGCCAUGGAAAUGAUCACAGCCUCUGGGACCUCAGCAUCCUCCUCCUCCUCCUCGGGGGCUGGAGCCAGUAGGGUGUGCAGGAACAUGUCUGUGGGCUACCAGAAUGGCCUGAACUACAUUGCCUUGGAGCUGAGGGAGGACGGGAGUGAUACAGGAGCCAUGACGUCGGGAGCUGUUAGCAGCAAUGGGAGCUUGGCGGUGGCGGGGACAGUGCCUCUACCAGAGAAUGGAGCCUAUGCCAGUAUAGACUUCACCAGAUCUGAUGGAGUCGCCACAACAAACAAUGACUGAGCACCAGGAUGACAGAGGUUCCUCACCAUCCUCCUCCUCCUCCUCCUCACUGCUUUCCUCUGGGCACUUGACUCUGCCUGCGACCUUUGGCCUUCUCUAUCGGUGACCUCUGACCUUCCUCCAGACUGAGAUGCCGCUCCCUUCUGGAUGCAGAAAACAACAACAAUAACAUCACAAUAGAUGACAAAAAUGCUUGCAGUUAUUUUUUUAGGUGUAUUUCUUCUUUUAAUUUUCUUGUGUUUUAUAUGCAUAGUGUGUCCUAUU